UGCUCAUCGCUACGUCUCGAUUUUUAACAUUACUGGCCUAUCACGUAAAGUUUACCCCUUCCAGCGUCCAUUUUCCCGCGGAUUUUGUCGUGAUCGCGAUGUGAUGUUAGGACGACGAUACAGAUUGACAGAUCUCGGUGUCGUGCCGCAGUACACAAUAAUUAUUGAAAAACGCCUUCGAGCACGGGUCGUGUUUUAAGAAUUACCAGCAAAUUUAAUCAAUAAAAUAAAAGCAAUGGAUAUUUCCAUGGAAGAUGAUGACUGUACGGUAGAAGUAGUUUCACAUUUAAAAAAGAAAAAACUGAAACAAGCACGGCUACCAUUUCAAACAUUAAGUGCCUCAAAAUCGCCGAAUAGUACAAACAACGUGCUUAACAAAAAGAGGAAAGUAGAAUCGCCUUUAGAAGAACUUAAAAGUAGCAAAAUGAUAAAGUACGCAAAGGAGAACUCUACUAAAAGCAUUUCUGAAGAAAAAGAAGAGACAGAAGAAAAAUCUGAUACCGAUAGCGAAUGUAUUGAAUUAAUAUCAGAUGAAGAAGAAAAAAACUUAGAACAAAGCAAUGUACUGAAAAAUGGGAAGAGAAAGAAAAUUGAUACCGCACCUAAAAAGAAUUCUUUAACCAAAAGUAAAAUACGAGCAGAAACCUCCAAAAAAUUUGGUUCUUUGAAAAAGUUCCUCAAGAAGGCAAACAAUGAGCCUAUAGGCAAUAUCAUUCGUGAUAGUAGUUCGUACAGAUUAAAAAAUAAUCGAGAUUGUGAAAAUGAGGAAUCUGCGCAUGAGGAAGAAAGUGAAAUCUGUUCAAGCUUGCAGCCUCUCAAAUCUUCAUCGCUGCAUACAUCUGAAGCUAGUGAAGAAACAGAAAAUGCUAUUGUCAAGGAAGGUCCUAAUAUCUGCCCGGAAUCAGAUUCUGAUAUUGCUGUGUUAUCUUCAGAUACCGAGACUCAAAGUGAGUUGGACAAGUCGAGGACAAGUAUAAAUGAAGAAAAGAUUAGGCAAUCUGCAAUCCCUACUACUCCAAAGAGUGACAAAGACACGAAGAUGAAAGUAAAAAAAUUAACACCCAAACAAUUAGAAAAGAAACGGGAAAUAGCCAAGAAAAGGGAGGAAAGAGCAAGAUUAAAAAUGGAGAAGGAGAAAAAACGGCUGGAGGAGAAAGCGAAUCGGCAAAGGGAGAGAGAAGAAAAACAGAAAGAGAGGGAAGAGAAGGAGAGGCUGGAGAAGGAACAAAAAAAGAAGGAGAAGGAACUGAAGGAGCUUAAGAAACAGAUGGAAAUCGAGCAAAAGCAGAAAGAGAAAGAAGCGAAAGAGGAAGAACGGAGAAAGCGAGAGGAGGCUAAGGAAGAGGAGAAGAGGAAGAAAGAGGAGGAAAAGUUGGAGGCCGAGCGUAAGAAGCAGAAGGCGGCGUCGAAUUUCGCCAGUUUCUUCGUUUCCAAGAAACAAGAAGCUAAAACUGCGGAGGAGGAGAACGACGUGGAGGCGAAAAAUUUUAUGCCCUUCGAGGUGAAAGUGGACAUGAGAGUCGCGCCGGUGUGUCGAAGAAUAUUGAGCGUACGCGAAAAAUCACUAUUCGACGAAAAAUGUAACGCGAAAGAUGCGAAGAGACCCGAACUGUAUCUCGAGGAUGUCAGAAAGCGCAGAAUCGUACCACGAGUUUCGUCCAGAACGUGGCCACUCGAAACGAAGGACGACGAUAUUAUCAUAUUAGACGAAGACAACGACGGCAACUCCAAUAUAAUCAGGGAGACACAUCACUUGGAGAAACACCGGCCGAAGUUACUGCAAUUCAGCGACAACCGUCGUCCUCCGUAUUGGGGCACGUGGAGGAAACGGAGCGUCACGAUAAACCCCCGGCGGCCAUUCACGAAAGACAAGAAAUGGUUCGACUACGAAAUCGAUUCGGACGACGAGUGGGAGGAGGAAGAGCCGGGCGAGUCUCUCAAAGGGUCCGACGAUGAGAAGGACGAGGAGAACCCGGAGGAUAACGAAUACGACGUCGACAACGAGUUCAUGGUGCCGCACGGGUAUUUGUCCGACGAAGAAGCGCGGGCUGACGAAGAGGAAAUGGAAGAUAUGUCGCCGCAAACACAGAAGAUGAAGCUGAAACUAUUGGGCGAGCAAUUUGAAGCCGAAAGAAAGGCGAAGACGCACAAACUUCAGCCGAAGAUAAUCGGAUGCGUUUGGCAAGGACCCAGCGGUGCACUCCCGGAUGGUGCACCCACGAAACUCCGGGAGUUCGUGUCGGCACGACAAAUCUGGGUCAGUCACGUAUCGAUAAUACCUUCGUCAUCGGCCUCUGCGGAGAAUAACGGCGUGGCCGGCGAGUGCAAAACGUCGUCGUCGCAACAGCCAUCGGGCCGAAGCGCGAAAAAGAGCAAGUUGCCGGACGAAACUUCGCCCAAUCUGGUCAGCGGGGAGCUAAUGCGAAACUGGUUAGGACGAUCGGAAGUUCGAGUAUCCGACUAGCGAGUGUCUCAUCACGAUUUCUGUGCCUUAGAACUGUUGUGGACCUUUCGUGGUCGAUUUCUCACUCGCUCCCGAAAUGCUGGAAACUUCCUGAUCGGAAACUGCCGCCGUACAGCGGGCCCGCUGUAUUUCUUAUUUGUAAAAAUUAUUGGAAAGAUGCGACGCAGGAAGAGUAGACCUCCUUCUUUAUAAUUCAGCGCUUUGACAAUCGAUAAAACGUGUGUAGCAAUCAGGUUGAAGCAAAUUCUGUCCGACGAAAUGAUCGAAGGUUCUCUCUUCUAUGUAAGAGAGAGGAAGAGAAAUAUGAAUGAGUUAUAAUUUACAAAAUAUAGGGGAGAAUCAUCGAAGAAAGAAAAGGAUAGCGCGCACAAAAACGCAUUUUGAACUCGACUGGGAGCAGGAUUCGCUACAGAAUGAUGUUCUUCAGCGCGCAACGACUACUGCGAACGCUGCGUUAAUAGUAGACACGUUAACUUUCGAUAUGUAUCAGCUCUUUGUAAGAUUUCUUUUUUUAUAAGAUCCUUGUUGCACUAAGUGUUUAUGAAAUAUAUUUUAUAUCGGUGAAAAGGUAUCCUUCUUUCUCUGCCUGCGCCGUCGCGACGCGAAAGACAGAUUCGCCCGUGCUUCUCGCGCUCGGGAUCGCGUUUCGCAAGAGGAGGCACAAGUGCCGUCGUAAAUACCGCGCAAUUUCGCAUAAUCUGUAGUCGCGUUUACCGUAAGUGGUCUUUCACCGUUCACCGUCUCACCGGAGUGUCCUUUUUCUCACCGAGGCAACUUCGAGGGAAACCGAAGUGCGCAGGGCUUCGAUCAACAAACGCCAACCCUUCACGUCGCCCGCAGAAGGAUCGCGUUUCGGAGCGCGUCUUGCAUCUCGCGAUCACAUUCGCGCGCGGGGGAAAAGAACCGAGAGAAAAAAAGGUAACGCCAUUCGUCCGGAGAGGAAGUUUUACAGUCGGUAGUUCGGGGCCGUACCUCCAGGGUGUACCACCGGGCCGCGGCAUAUGGCCGGAAUAACGAAAGGGCGCUCCCCGAGAUUGCGGCAAUUAUCGAGUCACGUUACGAGAUCCGAGCCGUUAAGACGGCCGUAGAAAACUCCGGGCUGCGAGCAGGGCCACGGACGAGCGCGCACGGACGACCGCUGUGAGAGAAAGAAAGAGAGAGAAGAAGAGAGAGAGAGAGAGUUUUAUACGUGAAUUACGCUAAUUUGCGAUGAUUACUUCGUGGCGGUACUCCGGGGGACCCGAGAAGCGACGUCGUUGCGAUUUGCCGGAAGGAACGUGUCGUUAUCGGGAGACGACGCCGCCGCGUAUAAGCGUAUAUAGUCGCCUUAUAUAGUCGGUAAACUAUAUGGCGGGGUCCCGAUUAUCCUACGCGAAUAAAACCGAUUUCGGUACCCGAUGGUCGGAUAAACGGCAACGGGAUUUUAAAUUGCAUAUUUUUUCGAUUUUGCUCGACACAUUUUGAUAUAUUUCAUA